UCCCCCGAAGUGAUCGUCGCUUCGACCCCUCUCAAACCACAACCGGUUCUCAGGGUUUUAGGGUUUAUCGCCUCGCUCCAUCGCCCCCACCGUCGCCGGCCGUCCCCCGCCGCGCAGCGUCUGUCGACCUGUUCAUUCGAGAAAUGGCGAUGAGGCUUGGGUUCGCGAGGAGGCUGCUCUCGACUUCGAGUUUUGCCUCCCAGCUCUCGGCUCCCGCGGCAACCGCCGCCGCAACCGCCGCCGCCGGCAGCGACAAGCCCGCGCCUAUUCCUUCCGAUACUCUCUUCGUCUCGGGGCUUAAUAAGAGAACGACCACGGAGAAGCUCCAUGAGUCAUUCUCACAAUUUGGCCAAGUCGUCCACGCCAAAGUAGUUACAGAUCGGAAUUCUGGGUACUCAAAAGGAUUUGGCUUUGUGAAGUAUGCAUCGAUAGAGGAUGCUGGAAAAGGAAUAGAAGGAAUGGAUGCAAAGUUUCUUGAUGGAUGGGUAAUAUUUGCUGAAUAUGCACGGCCAAGACCUCCCCCUGGACAGGCACCAACUCAGGAUACAUACACGCGGAGGAGCGGAUAUUGAAACAUUUCAGUGUCAAUACAGGCCUAUAUUAGCAUGAACUAAGACCUUGAAUUGUAUUCUGUUCAAGCACCUGCACUGGACUUGUUAAGUCACUGACCUUGUUAUAUUAUUCUUUGAAUACAAGUAUGAGGUCUUCUUUAUCUAAAGUUUGUAUCGUUAUUUUGGCGUUUUUAAGACAAGUUUGUGGUUGCUGAA